UCGCUAUCAGCACCAAACCGAAAGAACCAAAAGAACACCGUCGUUCUUACCCAAACGUUCACUUUUCAUCAACAGCAAGGCAUCUCGUUGCCUGAAUUUGGAACAUCUGAAAGGAAACACGGAACAGACCUUAUCGUAUCGACACCGAACCGCAUGCACGGCAGCACGUAAACAAGGCAUAUCUUUGUAUGCAUACGCAUUCUCUGCUGCAGUAUUAUCUUGCCUUGCAGCAUCAAGCACUCACGACUUAAACUUUUCACCUUUUGCAUGGUCCUUGCAUCAUCUCACAAACAAUGGGUUCGGUGUCACAGUCCAAAAGACUGUUGAACUAUCCAGACCCUUUGAGAGGUCCGGAUGUUCCAUAUGUUGUGGAGAGAAAGUCCAAUCCGCCCAUUCGCGGCUGGUUCAUUUGCGCCGCUGCCUUGAUUUUGGAAUAUCUUCGCUUUGUCAGGGAGAUAAUAUGGCACAACGCUGGCUUCGGCGAUCUACGCAAGAUUCGCCCUUUUAUCGAGGAUUACGAACCAUGGUUUGAGCCUCAAAUCGUACCCUAUCCGGAUUCUGAGACUACCGACGAAGUUAAGGAUGACAUUCAGGAUGACGAAAUUCCGGAAACUGAGGCGGCCAAGCGAGACGACCUUCGGCACAAGUAUCCCCAGGCAAACUACUACUCAGUGGAGGACUACCGGAAACUCUACCUCUCGGGCGCACUCACUCCCUUGGAUGUCGCGCAAGCUCUGCUUCCUCUGAUUCGCCGCGAUGUCGAGAAUCCUACCGAGUAUUCUUCAGCAUGGUUUGACAGCAAGGUUGAGAAAGUUCUGGCUGCGGCAAGGGCUUCGACGCAGCGGUACAAGGAAGGACGUUCUCUCGGUCCCCUCGAUGGCGUUCCUACCGGUGUCAAGGACGAGUAUGACAUUGACGGCUACGAAACCAACCUUGGUUCGAAAAACAUCUACACGGGCACCAUCCACGAAGAAGAUUCCAUCACUACCUGGUGUGUACGCAAGCUGCAAGAGUCCGGCGCCAUCAUCCUUGGUAAGCUCUCCAUGCACGAGUUUGGUCUCGACACCACCGGCAACAACCCGGUCCACGGCACUCCCAGAAACCCUCACAACCCCAACUACUACACAGGCGGCAGCUCUUCUGGUACCGGCUACGCCGUCAGCGCCGGUCUCAUCCCCAUCGGUCUCGGCAGCGACGGCGGCGGCAGCAUUCGCAUUCCCUCUAGUCUAUGCGGCGUCUACGGUCUCAAGCCCACCCACGGCCGUCUCUCUUUCAAGCCCGGUCAAAACCACUGCCUGACAUGCGCCUGUCUCGGUCCCAUUGCCGCGGACAUCAAGUCCCUCGCCACCGUCUUCCAAGUCAUCUGCAAGCCUCACCCCUCUUCCCCUUUCCCACCUUUGAAGCGCCUCAGCUUAACCGCCCCUUCCAACAAUGGUUCCCCCAAAGUCCUCGGCAUUCCCUCCGCCUGGUUCGCCCGCGCCACGCCCGCCAUCCAAACCCUCUGCAACACCAUGAUCAGACGCCUGUGCUCCGACCACGGCUAUACCGCCGUGGAAAUUGACAUCCCCUUCCUUCCCGAAGGGCAAAUUGCGCACGCCAUCACCGUCCUCACCGACGCUGCCACCCUCCUCCCGGAAACCAGCAACCUGACGUACGGCAACCGCAUCCUCAUCGCCCUUGGCACCGUCACCCCGGCCUCCGAUUACAUGCUAGCCAUGAAGCUGCGCCGCGUGCUGAUGCAGCACCUCUCCUGGCUGUGGCAGCAGUACCCGGGGAUGCUGAUCGUCACUCCCACAACCAGCUGCGAGGGGUUACCGAUCAAAAGCAAGAGCGAGCUGAAGUGGGGCGUGAAUGAUGGGGAUAGAACGCUGCAGAGCAUGGAGUAUGUUUGGUUGGCGAAUUUCUGUGGACUGCCGAGUAUUUCGGUGCCCGCUGGGUUUGUCGGCCCGGAGUCUGGGUUGGUGAACGAUAUGGAUGUUCAGGGACGGGGAGAGGUUCCGGUGGGAUUGAUGGCUAUGGGCGAGUGGUGCGCGGAGGAGCAGUUGUUGCAGUUUGGUGCGGUUUGUGAGGAGGCGGGCGCUGAUAGGAGGAGACGGCCGCCGAUUUGGGUGGAUGUGGUGAAGAAGGCGAAGGAGGAGGUUGCGCAGCGUGGGUAGAGGGAGAGAUGGGGUUGUGUUGACUGGUCAUGGGUUGAGGUUGAGGUUGGGGGUGAUAUCCGUUUUGGUGAGCAGAGUUACGGUUAGAGGGUGGGAGAGAGUCGCGGAAUGUGGUGUAGUAUCACCGAAAUCCACAAGCAACGACGUGAAAUAGCGAAGCUAGCAGAUCAUCCAAUUUUAUUCACAAAGGCACAA